AUGUCUGCCAAACUACCUCUGAUCAAUUUGAACAAACCUGUAUCAUCCACUCUGGCCUCUGACCUGAAGCUUGCCCUUCGUCGGUUCGGAGCUUUCCGCCUAGUAGUAGCCCCUGAAACCAGGCAACACUGUCCCGACGUUGUCAUUGAAAAGGCACGGGAGUUCUUCACACAACCGAUUACAGCUAAGACAGACAUAAAAGGAUACUCUCCUUUUGCUUCGGAACGUGUUCGCGGCCGGGCUGAGAUACCCAAAGAGAGUAUCUAUUUUUUCCGACAUGGCGCCGAACCGAACCAUCUCAAGGGGCCCUCUUGCAACUUAUAUCGUUCAGUCAAAUGUCUUCAUGAGGGGUGGACACCUAUAAGGCUGCAAUUGUUAAAGACCAUAUCGCAGGCACUGGACUCGGACACUUCCCUAACUGGUACUACGCUUCUCGAUUCUGCUACUAUCGGGAUCCACUAUUAUGAUUCUCGAAGUCUUCCUGACUUCAGCGCCCAUUUCAGUCCCCCUCAUAUGGAUAGCGGAACAUUAACCAUUCUAUUCCGGUCUCAUAAUGAGAACGACGGCCUAGAAAUUGCUGAUCUCGAAACAACAGAGAAACAAGACAGUGAAGGGGUUGGGUCGGAGGCAUCUUUUAUGCACGUUCCUACUUUUGGCGACGAUGCCCCUGAGGUUGUCGUCUUUGCAGGCACUAGACUACAGCGUUUACUCGGACGCGACCGAGUUCGAGCUUGCGUGCAUAGAGUCCGCGGACCAGGCCCGGAGGCGCACAAUAACUCUGGUGUACAACGAUUGAGCAUCGCAAUGUUUUGCGCUCCAUCUGGGCCAUCAACCUCACCGCCCUCAUAG